UACGUCGAGCCGCAUUAAACGCCUCCCUUCAGAGCAGGCUUUUAUUAUGCAAAAACACAAUUUUAUUAUUUUUCCCUAAUUAACAGGCCCGACUAAGUAAACGCAAGAGUUAAGUAAGUAACUCCCAGUUUUGUAGCUUCAACUGCCAAAAGGUGGAGCGGCUAGGCGCAUGAGCCAGCAGCUGUACGGCAGGCACGUACAGUAGCUCGCGCAAAGCGAAUCCCCGUAGAAAUUCAGGCACAUUCCAGAGGAUAAACCCUAGAGGGAGCAGAUAUAGUGAGAAAAGAGCAGUAUCCAGUAUGGACAUGGUGCACACCACAAGUGAGUGAGGCAGAUGCGGAUGAGAGCUCAUUGAUAUUGCACACUUGAGGGAAAAGGAAAAAGUAUUGGACAAGUUAUAUGGGCAUGGACCCGUCCAGUGUUUCACCUUUGGUUGAGCCAUCCUCAGGCAUGUUCAAAGGACACCCACCAAAACAGUCUCAUCCCCCGGAGACAGUACAGAUGGACACCAUUGAAAAUGACAAUCACGGUCCCUCCUGCUAUGGGAGAACAGACAAGAAGAAAAAGCACUGCUGUCCUGAGGUGCCAGGCAUUUGCAUAAUCCCUGAAACUGUGGCAGAGAAGUUCAGUUAUGGCUGUCAAUACUGCAAGGCUGUGUUUGCCACAAAACUGCACCAGCAGAAGCACAAGCUGUGGAAUCAUUCAGAGAGGGUCAACAUGGAGAGCCAGGUAGCAGUGACCAUGAAACCAAUAGCUGAGCUAAGAGCCAAGCCCAAGCUGCAAAAAGAUUCUAAAAAAAGAGUAUGCGGACCUUGUCUCAGGCCUUUGGACAGCAAGCCUUCCUCGACAGUCUUUUUUAAAGUAAAGAAAACCCAGGAAAUGUCCCAGCCCUCCCAGAAUGGCGAGUGCACUGACCAGAGGCGUGAGAAAAGACAACAGCACAGCUCCCAGCAACAGCAACAAAAAGGAACUUGUUCAUAUGCUGGAGGCAGUAAAUGCAAGGGAAGCAGUCUAUCUCCAUCUUUCCCUAAAGAAGACCCAGAAAGGAUGAAGCAUAGAAGGAAACAGAAAACUCCAAAGAAGUUCACUGGGGAGCAGCCCUCAAUCUCUGGAACAUUUGGCCUGAAAGGGCUAAAUAAAGUGGAUGAAAAGCUGAAGGUAGGCAGGACAAAACGAUUAGAGGGAGCACUAUUCAAUGAAGUGUACCAGACAAAGCACCUGACUCUGGUUCCAGCCAAAAGGAAAGCACCCUGUCAAGUGCCAACUCUUGGAUCUGAGGCACAGGAUGCCAUUUUGGAGCACAGUGAGAUGUCCUGCUCCACUUGUUCAAUUGUAACCUACAAGACUUGUCCUGGCAUAAAAAAGAACUUGAAGAUCUUUGAAAAGGCCCCCAUCAGUCAAGAAAAUGAAAUGAAAAGUAUAAAGAAAAAAGAGAAAGAGCUAUUUUUGGUUGACAACAUAAAAUCAGAUCCAGCUCUUAUGAAAAUAAAGAAAAGAAGAGAGAAGCAAGUGAAUGAAAAAGAUGUUAGAGGUGAGACCAAAGAGGAGUUGUUGGACCUACACUGUACUCCCAGUGGAAGGGUGAGAAGGCAUUCGGCCCAGGUAGCUGUCUUUCACCUGCAGGAAAUUGCAGAGGAUGAGCUGGCCAAAGACUGGGGAACCAAACGUCGCAUCAAAGAUGACCUUGUCCCGGACAUUAAGAGGCUGAAUUACACACGACCGGGCCUUCCCACUUAUGACCCUGAAACUUUGGAUACUUGGAAAAAUGAAGUGAAGGAGAAAGGUUUCAUCUGUUGUCCAAAUAUUAGUUGUGAGGCCAUUUAUGGAAGUGUGUCAGGACUCAAAGCCCAUCUAAUCAGCUGUAUGAAGGGAGGGGUCAUUGUGGGGAAGUAUACCUGCUUACUGUGCCAAAGAGAAUUCAGCUCUGAGAGUGGAGUGAAAUACCACAUUUGUAAGACACACUCACAGAAUUGGUUUCGAGCAACAGGCAACGUGUCCAACAGCAAGAACAAAGAUUCACAGAACAAGCAACUGCAGAAAGGCAUGAAAAAUGGCGUACCUUGGAAGAAAAGGGGUCGGAAACCCAAACAACGUCUGGUUGAAAAAGAGACCACACGAGAAAAGACUCUGCUAAAGAGUAUUAGCAGUGGAAUCUCCAUGAAUCACCAAACCCCAAAACCAAACACAAGCCCAGCAUUAUUGCAAACUUCAAGCCAGAACCCAGCCGGCACCACCCUCAACAAUAUCCCAAUAACAACAGGUGGUUUGAAUAUGUUUAGUGAUUUACAGCCUCCACUUAAUAAGAGGCCAAACCUAAGAAAUCACUCAAAAAGUAAUAUGGCUUUCACCAUUUCAGUACCAAAUAAGAUGCUGUAAGCAAUAUGCCAGUAAAACAAUUAAUCUGUAACUUAUAUCCUCUGUGAUUAGUAUAUCAUAUUAUGUAGAAGAUGGAGCUGAUACAGUUCAGUUCAGAUACAAGUCAGAGGUCAUUAAAACUUUUUUUAACCACUUUACAAAUUUUAUGUUUCGGUUAGGACAUCCACUUUAUGCAUGACACAAGUAGGUUUUCAAACAAUUAUUUACAGAUUGAUUUUUUUCCCCCACUUAUAAUGCACAAUGUCUCAGUUCCAGUGGGUCAAAUAUUUACAUACACUCAGUUGACUGUGCCUAUAAACAGCUUGGAAAAUUCCACAAAAUUAUUUUAUGGCUUUAGUAGUUUCUGAUAGGCCAGAUAGAUUGAGAGAUAUGCCAUCUGGUCUUUUUUUUUUAAAAUGUAAGCAUACUUUUGAAGGUGUGGCAAAAUUGCUUAAGGACAAUUAAGUUGAGUUACUGGUUUGGCCCUGACCUCAAUCCAAUUAAAAAAAAGAAAUAGUGGCAGAAUCAAAAAAGCAUGUGCAAGCAAGGAGGUGUUUAAACCUGACUCAGCUACACCAGUUCUGUCAGGAAGAAUUGGUUAAAAUUCUGGUAACUUAUUGCAAGAAGCCCGCAACAUAUGAUCUAACUUAUAAACAAGUUAAACAAUUUAAAGGCAAUAUUAACAAAUACUAACUAAGUGAAUGUAAACUUCUGAUCCACCGGGAAUGUGAUGAAAAAAUUUAAAUGUGAAAGAAAUUUUCUCCUAUUAUCUUGACAUUUCACAUUCUUCAAAGAAAGAUAUUGUUGGCUAGGAUUUAUUCAGGAAAUGUAAAAAACUUUUUUGGUUUAAAUGUUUUUGGCUAAGGCAGGGGUAGACAAUUUCUGUCCUAGAGAGCCGCAAACCUGCAGAGUUCACCUCCAACCCUAAUCAAAUACACCUGAACAAGCUAAUUAAGGUCUUCAGGAUUACUAAGGCCAUGUCCACAUGUAGCCAGGUAUUUUUAAAAAACAGAAAUUUUUUUACUUAGUUUUUUUUAAAUAAUUCUUUCCACACAACCUACAUUUUAAAAAUAUAUUUGUCUACCUGAAAACACAAAACACCCUGUUAAGUGUUAUUUGGAGCAGCCCUAAUCAACAGGGGGCCAAUCAGAAGCCUAGACAAAACAUUACAGCUUGCGCUUUGUAAAAGCCGCCGUCGCUGUUUGCAGGGUCUGUGUCUUUAGAGUUUUGCAUGUAGCAGCAGUGAGCUUCGUAGUACAUUCAGGCACCUCUGUUCGUUAACAUAAUGUGUGAGUAACUGCGCAUGUAUGUACACAUGUAAAAAGUCAAGUAAGCAACGUUAACACAGUUACUAGUUUACUGUACGUAAGUCCACUAUUGCACAAAUAUACUCAUACACAAAGCUGAUGUCAAAUCAAGGAGACUAGCAGACAGACAUUGACAUCAUCGGCACACAAGGUGACAUUACAAUAAGCCAAAAUCUCUAUUUGCCCAAAAGGAAGAUUUUCCAAAACUCUGUUUUCAGUGGUAUUGUGUGGACAGGGAAGAGUUUUUUAAAAGCUCUUUUUUUAAAGACCAAAACUGUGGACAAAGGGCCAAAACCGCAGAUAAACAUCUCAGUUUUUAAAAAUACCCAGCUACGUGUGGACAAGGCUACAGGCAGGUGAGUUUGGAGCAGUUGGUAAAUGACUAUGGCUCUCUAGGCCUACCAACUUGCCUAUCCUUGGGCUAAGGUAUAGAUAAACUUAUGGUUUGAAUUGUAUAUAAAGAAACCUGAUAUGAUCUUCACUGCCUGACAUGGUAUGCCAUCUCCUCCCAAAAAUAUUAAAAUGCUAUUUUUUUUGUGUUUAUGCUAUACACUGGCAACAUUUGGGUUUGAGAUUAAAAGAUAAAUAUGAGGUAGUACAUCAGAAUCAGACCAGUAAUUUCCUGACAUUUGCAUUUAAAUGUCAGACUAUUUUAGAUCUGCAAAUAUAUUGGAACAGAUUUAACAAACAAACAAAUAUAAAUAAAUAAAAAAAAAUUGGUUGCUUCUAGUUGUUUGCAGUAAGGGCAUCAAUCUAGAAACAUAAUUAAACCAUUGCAUUCAUUCAUUCAUUCAUUGUGAUGUUUCCUGGGCUGAUACCACAGCUUCUUUUAUUUGCCAUUUGUGUAAAUGGGUUACCUUCUUCACUCUGCUCUUUAGGAAUUGAUGAAGUCCGUUGUAGUGUUAGUAGCACAUUUUCACCAUUCUCUUCUAAGUUACUUCUAAUUUUUAUUAACUAUUACCUGUAAAUUGGCAAAUUCAAUGUUUCUAAAGACUUCUGACUUUGACAGCCAUCAUGAUGAACUGCAUUAUCAACAAAAAUUAGUGAGCCAUACAUUACCAUGCACAAGGUUACAUUAAUGCAAAGGCUUACCUAGACUGAAGCCCUAAGGCCUAAAAAGAUCAGAGGCCUAUCAUAAGUAACACUGUUAAAAAAUCACAUUGUUUCAUGUUGUUUGAAAUUUUCUGUCCAUCACUUAAUACUCAUCUUCAUGACUGCUGACUGAUCCAAAUCAGUUGUUGUUUAUUUUUCUUCAUAGAUCUCAAUAUUUUUGUCAUCGAUUGCUGUUUCUUAGCAUUAAAAUUGUCUAGCUAUUAAUUUUGCCUGUUUUCUUAGCUUCAAAUCAAUCUGCAUUUCUUUCUCCCUUUAAAAUAACAAAUUCAGUUUUAAACCAAGAUAGGUUGUGUAAGCAACUGAUGUGUAGAUUGUGUAAGCAAGCGAUUAAUUGUGUAAGAGACUGAUGUAACUUGGCACACCUGGGCAACAACAAAAAUGGAUUCAAAAUAUGCUGUGAUUAAUUUUUUUAAAUCAUCUUGAUAUGCAUAUCAGACAAUGAAAGCUACAAUGACAUAUCUUUUUUCGUAGUCAUGUAUAAAUCUUAUUCCCAAAAUGUCUUAACUUUAUAGCCAAAACGAAAAAACUGUCAUUGCCAUUUCAAUCUUUUUGGGGGAGAAUGUAUACCUGAAAUGUGUAUAAAAAAAAUCUUAUUUUAUUUUAUUUUAAAGUUCAUUUCAGUGACUAAGCUAAAUUGCAUAACAAAUGAUUGUAUUAUUUAUAAUCCAUGUUUCUAUAUGUGUUCAUAUACAAUUAAAUGAUUAAAUAUUAAGGCAAAAAACAAAUGGCUCAAGAUACUCAGUUAGCAUUUAAUUAUAAUACAGCUCUUGUUUAUUUCAUUGUUUAUCUCUAUAUUCAUAUGUGAAUACUAUAUAGACCAGUUUGUUUUUAUCCAUUGAAUCGAAAAAAUUGUUUAAUUUUUAUUUUUUUUUUUUUACAUGGUCAAUAUCUGAUUUGCAGUCUUCUCUGAUAUAGUAAAAAUAAAAGGGCCGUAAAUGUUGGGUUAGAUCACUGUUGAAAGAAUAAGCUUCCUGUGCAAUAGAGUUGUUUUGUGAUUUUUGUUUGGCCUAAUGAAAUCCGCUUGCUAUAUUGCUUACGAAUUACGAAAAAGGACUAAGCUUGUACUUUUGUAUAAAACUGCCUUCCUAUUUGUAGGAAUCAGUUAUAUUAUAAACAAAAGUGUUUUUUUUUUUAUUAUUUGUGCCUUUUUGUUUCCAGAAAAUUGUUAAAUAGAAAAUAAUAGUUUAUUAUAAUUAAAAAUAAUAGUUAAAAUUAAGUAAAGAAUAAAUCCCUUAAUUAAUUAAGUUAACUUUUUAUAUACAGUCAAUUUCAAAAGUAAGUACAGGUAGUCUCCGAUCUGUUCCGGGAUUUGUUAAGUCAGAUUUAUUUUCAAGUCCAACAAAGUGAGUCUUGUACACCUUUGACAUGAAUAUAAAA